CCAAAUUACUAAACUGUAAUGAACCGUGACCAUUAGAGAAAAGCGAGUGGAAUACCCUGUCACACUGAGAUCCUAUUCGUGAUAAAACACCUCAAUGGGUGACAUUAGGUUUGAUUCGCAAAAUGAAAUUGACUAAUAAUGGAUUGGGUGCUCUUGGAUAAUAGAGUAAAGUAAAAAAGAAACAGAAACAUAUGUUCAUAAUUUGUUCAAAAAGAAAUGGGACAAAAAUAUAUCUUCAUACUUUGUUCAAAGCAUGGAAUGGAUGAUUCAGUGUCAUUCCUAUGUUUGGUUUACCAAAAUUGUAAGUCAGACAAACUAAGGUGAAUUAAGAAGAAAUAAUUAAUCUAUGAAUUUGGAUUCCAGGUCUAUUAUUUAAACUUAAAUAUAAGAAUAGUUAUUCUAUCAAAACAUAUGCUAUUCUUGCAAAGCAAACAUACAGGUACAACUGAGGGCCACACUAAUCAUGAGGUGUAUUGACAUUAUCAGGAGGAUUGGAACAAGGUAUUCUAGUUUCAGGAUGGUAGAGGAAGAAGAGUCUGAUUACAGCAAUAGGGGGUUGGGAUGACUGAAGAUGGAAAAUUUAUAGAAAGAGAGAAAUAUGACUUGGAGGUCAGGUGGCAGAGUUGCUUCAUUGAGCAAGGAUCGAUUUUGCAGGGUUCAUUCCUAUGAGGAUGAAAUGUCCUCCCACCUAGGAGGCUGCUAAUUUACCUUCAUCUCACUAUGGGGCCGACAAUAAGGGACGCUUGGGGACUGGGGUGAGCGAAAUCACCUUUUUGCUUCAUUGUUUAGAUGUCAGAGCAUCACAUUUGUUUUUUUUCCUUUUGAUUUUUUAUAUGAUUGAGAGUCUCUCUCCUCAUUUUCUCAAAAUGUUGAAUUACCCAUCCAUCUAUUAUGUUGUUGUAAUUUGCAAUUAUAAAUAAAAAAAACAUAUGAAAGGAUUAAACCUCUUUGGAUAGAAUAGAUGAUAAAAAAAAACAAAUCAUAAAAUGGAGCUACAGCUUCUCAUAUAUACAAAAUAUAUAUAUAUAUAUAUAUAAUAAUUAAUAAUUAUAUAUACAUAUAUGCCAAAAAUACGGGCAGUAAUGCAAUUUAUUUUAUUCUAUUUUGUAGCAUUUCAAAAGAUUUUUCUUUGCUUUGGUUGGCCUUUAGUUCAGUCUUAAUAGAUUGCUCUGGUGGGCAUUAAUUGUAAUCAGUGACCAGCAGAUAAAACGUGAAGCCUCCACUAAAUAAAUCCAAAUCUCCUUUGAAAAAGAUUCCUAUAACUCUCCAUUCAGAUCCUUCGCUGAAGUCAAUACUUGUAUUAUUAUUUUUUUUCGAACACACGUUGCCAUAAUUAAGCAACCAAACAACAUGAAUGCCACUUCCUCUCCUACUAAUUCCUUCUCAGUCAAUACUGGAGCAUUGAAAAUGCAAGGACAAACCCCUUUUGCAACCAAAAUGGCUCAUGGGGUUGCAACAAGGCUUCUUCUUCCUCUUUUUCUCCUCAUUUCUCUUGGUGGAUUUCUUCUUCCUCAUCUCUUCAUCAUGGAAUCAAUGACAUCAUCGCCGUCCCCCCAAAAUGAUGAGAAAUCAAGUGCUUUGCAGCUAGAUCGGAAUUCCUUUCCUAAAGGUUUCAUAUUCGGGACUGCUAGUUCAGCAUAUCAGUAUGAAGGUGCAGCAACUGAAGGUGGCAGAGGGCCAAGCAUUUGGGAUACCCUCAGUCAUAGGCACCCAGAGUUAAUAGCUGAUGGAAGCAAUGGGGAUGUAGCAGUUGACUCUUACCAUCUCUACAAGGAAGAUGUGAACAUCAUUAAGAGAAUGGGCAUGGAUGCAUACAGAUUUUCCAUCUCUUGGUCCAGGAUUUUACCAAUUCACUUAGCUGGAAGCUUAAGUGGAGGAAUAAACACGGAAGGAGUGGAUUAUUACAAUAACCUCAUCAAUGAGCUAAUAGCCAAUGGUUUGCAGCCAUUUGUGACACUCUUCCAUUGGGACUCUCCUCAAGCAUUGGAAGACAAAUAUGGGGGUUUCUUAAGCCAAUUAAUUGUUGAGGACUUCAGGAAUUUUGCAGAGGUUUGCUUUAGGGAGUUCGGCGACAGGGUGAAGUACUGGAUGACCUUCAAUGAGCCAUGGACUUUCGCUUUGAUGGUGUACCCUGAUGGAGACAAAUUAGGCCAGUGUUUUCCUUGGGCAUCAGGGGAGUGCCAUGUUGCAGAUUUGGGUAGGGAUCCCUACACAAUUGCUCAUUAUCAGCUUCUGGCUCAUACAGCUGCCGUGGUUUUAUUCAGAGAAAAAUUCCAGGCUAUGCAGAAAGGCGAGAUAGGGAUAGCCAUAAACUCCCACUGGUUUCUACCCUACAAUGGAACAGAAUCUGACCAUGAAGCUGCUUCCAAGUCUCUUGACUUCAUGCUUGGAUGGCUUUUGGAUCCCUUAACUCAAGGGGAUUACCCUGCAAGCAUGAGGACUAAUGUAAAAGACAGGUUGCCAAAGUUCACUGAGAGAGAGUCCCAGAUGCUUAAAGGAUCAUUCGAUUUUGUUGGAAUCAAUUACUACACCAGCCUCUAUGCCUACAGCAAUCACCCUUCCACUGAUGCGAACCCUAAUUUUUACAGUGAUCAACAUGCUAUUCAAACAGGGAAAAGAGAUGGAGUUCUCAUUGGACCGAAGGCUGCUUCAGAUUGGUUGUUCAUCUAUCCACCAGGAUUGAAACAGCUCUUACUCCAUAUAAAGACCAAAUACAACAAUCCAGUGGUGUAUAUUACUGAGAAUGGAGUUGAUGAAUUUAACAAUGAAACCCUAUCAUUGGAAGACGCAUUGAAGGAUGAUACAAGAACAAGCUACUUUGAACAACAUCUCUUUUAUCUUAAUCAAGCAAUCAGGGAGGGUGUGGAUGUGAGAGGAUACUUUGCAUGGUCUCUUUUGGAUAACUUCGAAUGGAGGUCAGGGUAUACACUCAGGUUUGGCAUAAAUUUUGUGGACUACAAAAAUGGAUUGAAGAGGUACCCAAAGAAAUCUGUCAUUUGGUUCACCAAAUUUUUGAAGAGAUAAAUUCAAAAUCUUUGAUUCUAUUCUUUUUUCUUUAUGAGAACAAAUUAGGGAAAUUACUAUUGCUCAUUAAGGAAUUGAACAUGGUGCAAUGUUGCUAUUUUGAGGUUGAUUUUGGAAGACCAAAUAAUUAUGUUGUGUGAGUUCAAGUCUAUUUGGAUUAAUAUUUGAGUAAAUUAA